UCAAUCAUCUUUCUCCUAGCUAGUUGCUAGCUCUAUGGUAUUAGUUAUGGAGAAACUAAGGUUUUGUGUGUUUGCUUUUUCCCUCCUUGGAUUUUAUGUCAUAGCUAGGGAAGAAUACAUGUCUGCAAUUGGAGAUCCUGGAAUGAGAAGAGACAGCCUUAGGGUGGCAAUCGAGGCAUGGAAUCAGUGCAAUGAGGUUGGCGAGGAAGUUUUUGGCAUGGGAAGUCCUAGGAUGGCAGAUUGUUUCGAUGUAGAUAAUUCAACAUCACAAGGUGCUCUUAUUCACAUGGUAGACGAAAGAGACAACAAGCUUGGCAUUUCAGAUGGUUCGUAUGGAGGCAUUAAUGCCUCAAAUGUAGAUGUGUAUGCAGCCAAUAAGGAGAUAUACCUGGGUGAUAAAUGCCAAGUACAAGACAAUCCUAGACCAUGGCAGUUUUGGAUGAUCAUGGUCAAAAGCGGAAACAUGGACACGCUAGCAGCUACAUGUCCCCAAAAUGGCAAGAAAUCGACGCCGUUCCCACCGGAACCUGGAUUUCCAUGCUUCGGCCUUGGCUGUAUGAACAUGCCCUUGAUGUACCAUAACUAUACCAGUCUGCAAGGGGAUAAUGACAGUAACUUGAAGGGAAGUUUCUACGGGACGUGGGACUUAAAUGCCGAUCAUGUGUCGAAGGCAGCAGUGAGUAACGGCACUUCUUACUUCAACAUCACUUGGGAAAAGGAGAUUGGUAAAGGGAGUUGGGUUUUCCAUCAUUUUUUAAAGACAUCAUCAAAUUAUCCAUGGUUGAUGUUAUACCUGAGGUCGGACGCCACAGAAGGAUACUCCGGUGGAUAUCAUUACGAGACUAGGGGGAUGUCCAAAAUAGUUCCAAAAUCACCAGAUUUCAAAGUGAAGUUCAGACUAGAAGUAAAGCAAGGAGGUGGUCCAAAUAGCCAGUUCUACCUCAUGGACAUAGGAGGGUGCUGGAAGAACAAUGGAAAACCUUGCGAUAGGGACGUGACCACAGACGUUACACGAUACAGUGAGAUGAUCAUAAACCCUGAAACAAAAUCUUGGUGCAAACCAGAAAGUCUCAAGUUGUGCCCACCUUAUCAUUUCUUUUCAAAUGGAACCAAGAUCCACAGAACCGAUAAGGAGAACUACCCUUAUGAUGCUUACCACCUCUGGUGUGCUCCAGGCAAUGCUGAGCACGUUGAAGAACCAUAUAUUCUAUGUGAUCCACAUAGCAAUCCUCAAGCACAAGAGAUACUGCAAAUUCUCCCCCAUCCUAUCUGGGGGGAAUAUGGGUACCCUACAAAGAAGGGGGAUGGUUGGAUAGGGGAUCCAAGAACUUGGGAACUCGACGUGGGCAGGCUGUCACAGGCACUGUACUUUUACCAGGAUCCAGGCACUACGCCUGUGGAGAGACACUGGACAUCGAUUGACUUGGGAACCGAAAUAUACAUCAGCAGCGAUCAAGUGGCAGAAUGGAUCGUCAGUGACUUUGACAUCGUUGUUCCAAAAUUAAGAAUGAUACACGAGUAAGAACGCAAAAUGCCCAAGCAAGAAUAUUAUAGUAAAGCUUCAUGAAUUUCCUGAAUUUUUUUAGCCUGUUUCUUUAACAGUACUGCCCUCGUUGGCAGGCACAAUGCCACUCACCCACUCAUAUCAGCCUAAUAUUUUCCUUUGCUGAACCAUGGUAAAGGAGAAAGAAGCAAAGUAUAGUCGAGG